AUGCCAAUCGCUCAUAGUUUAAAUAAAGUUUCCAAGAGUAUAUCUAAGUCCAAGGGUCUGUUGCAUAUCAAGGGACGUAAGUUCAAGCAAUUAAACAGAGCCACUUUGAGAGAUCAAAAGUUGAACGAUAGGAAAUUAAAGGCUAAGGACAUCAGAGAUAAGGGACUUUUAAGUGUUAAGUUUUUACAAGAAGCAAUUAGAAACAGACCAGAAAGGGAUGUUUUCACCCUUGAUGACAUGAAGUUAUUUAUCGAAGGAUACAUUUCAAGAUACGAUGAAGAAUUAGAAACUUUGAGACAUGACAGAAGACCGGGAAGACCUGCCACCAGUAGACAACAAAUCUUGGAAGAAAAAGUGAAGCAUGAACGUCAAAUAUAUGAAACUGGAUUCAAAAUACCCGACCUUAGUAACAAGGAUACUGUAGAAAAGUUGAGACUUUGGACUGGUUCUUCCGGAGGUACCACCGUGAUGAAGUUUGUUCACAUUUCCAAGGAUAUGACUGUUCUUCCAACCGCUGAAGUAGAAAUGAGCUAA